UCUUCUCUACAUCGCGAUAGUUCAUUAUCCAUGAUAAUAAAUAACAAUAAUAUUAUUUUGUCACGGCAAGACGUGCAUUAAUUAUAUUGUACUGUAGUGCAGUUAUAAUGCUACUUUUUACUGCGGUAAAUUCUUCUAGCGCGUUCCCGCCCCGUCACCUGCAAGUACGGCCAAAGAAAUUCAUACUGUGGUACGAGCCCAACGACGACAAUGGCGAUGACCCUUCUGAUGCGUGUAGCGUCGGCGGCGGCGAAGUUUCGUGAUCCAGACCGGCUGCCAAAUCCGUCGUAUGACCUGACUUGACCGGAUCUGCCUACGAACGUAAACUCGGCCUACCGAUGGAGACACCCGCACGCGUAUGCAUUCUACUGUUUCCAUUGGUGCUAAACGUGUUUCGGGUCUCGCGGUCUUAAGCUAGCAUUCGACAUCCUGACGCCGCGGCACCGUCGCUUACGGCCCACUGCCCGCGGCCACGGACACGUGCCGCUGCCGAUCAGUGUCGGCCGUCCUACGAGCUUCGGUCUUCGACCUGCUAUCGCCGUGAUCCUCCGCCGCCGCUGCCAUCGACAACGCCGAAGGCCGAAGUAGUCGCAGUAGCCGCUUAGUCAGUCAGCACUUCAUUCGUCUCCCGCACACGCUGCACAGCUGUCGCCAUUCCGCCGAGUUCACUCACCACUACAGUGUCAGUCUCUCAAGUCUCAACAACUUCGUGUCCGAACCGCACCCAUGCCGUUCAACCACAUGAGCCAGGCAAAAGAAUUCGGGUGGCGCUUGCUUGCCGCCGAGACGAUUUUCCACUCGUACGACUCGUCUAAGUAUGGAGCACCAAGUGUGAUCAGAUUUGAUGAACCUGUGAACGUUCGUGAAAUCAAUAUUCUCUCACCAUCUAUGUAUAUGCGCACUUCAAGCGGAGGAUUCCUUAUUGGAGGAACUGAUCCUAUAAAAUUUCCGGUUACAUUUCAUUGUAACAAUGUAGAUGAAGACACUGCUUCAGCAAAUGUGAAGUUGGGUGAGCUCAACUAUGAGGAAGAUGCAUCUAUGACAUUGAGGUGUGACAAUGAGAUAUGGACAAACAGAUUGAUUGUGUUUGCAAAAUAUUCAACAUUAACCAUUGUUGUUUAUGGAACAUCAAAGAAUUAUAAUGCUAAGGAACACUUGAAAAAUCUCUCACCUAUUCAACGUAUGGGUGCUAAGUAUGCAGAUAGAACAUUUGUUCCAAACUUUCCAAGUGAAUCCAAAUUAUAAAAUUUAUAAAAUACUUUUUAAAAAACUCAUUUUUUAAUUUCAAUACUAUUAUUGGUAAUUGUACUUUAUAAUUUUUUAUUUUUUUUUUUACUAAUUCAUAAAUAAAUAUAAGGACAGAGAAGUUAUUAAAAUAAGGUAUUUUUUUUGGUGUUUACAGUUUAUACUUUAUAACUUUUAUAAUAUUUGGUUUUAUAUAUUGUCAUAAUUUUUCAUAAAAGUAAAUUGUUACAUAUCUUUUUCUGUUACCUCUAAAAUAGAUAUUUAAAAUUAAUAGGGAUUUUUUUUAUAUAAUUUUAUAAUGAUUUUUGAUGUAAUUUAUUAUUAUAACUACUGAGUAUUUACUUUUAACUCUUUGGUAUCUGGGAUAUUUAAAUGUUUAUUAUUUGUGUUAUUGCAAAAAUAUAGACUUUAUAUUUGAUUCAUAAUUAUACAUAUUUUGUUACGGGUAUUAUUGGUUUGUUAG